CCACGUACCGGAAUGACGAUGGGUUGGAGCUCAAUUAAUGAAAUAAAACUGCCGAUAAAAAAGUAGUGAGUGUGAAUGCUGUUCAACCCCCUAAUAUUGUGUUUAUGUGUCCUCAUUAAACACGGGCUGGUUCUUCAGGGUUUCAAACGGCGGCGGCGGCGGCGCGCGCUGUGCACCUUUCAAAGUGACGCAACGGUGAUGCGACAGACUACUUGACAAACCGUUUGUGGGGUGUGUGUGUGUGUGUGUGUGUGUGUGUGUGUGUGUGUGUGUGACGUGUUGCCGUGGAACCACUCGGGAAAUGACAUUUUUUGGUGAAAAAUGACAACCAUGUGUUCAAUGCAGUCUUCCACAGGCCGUCUUCCCCCGUGGCUGAGAACCCAGCAGCUCCGCCAGCAUGUCCCACGUCUCCUCCGCUGCCAAGCGCUACGCUGGCCCGUCCUACACCAGCCACUACAGCUCCUACAGUCCCUCCAUAACCCCUAGCCUUAGCUCCUACGGCGAGCGGAACAGGUAUUCUUCCUACAAAUCCCCUACCUCAUCCUCAGGGUACGCCUCAUCCAGCUACCUGAGCAGCACCACAGGCCACAGUCGAAACUACACGACCUCCGACCGCGGCCGGGUCAUCCCACGGACUGACAUCCUUGGGAGUAGCAGCAGCAACCGCCGCAGUGAAAGCCUCAGUCGAACCCCUGUCAAGAGCUAUGCAGGUUCUGGACUUAGUGGGGGGUCAGCCUACACUGCAUACAGCUCCUAUUCGUCCCCCUCAGCCCAGUCCAGCUACCUCUCCUCUUCACCGGUGGCCUCCAGAAUGUCGUUCAAUCGACGAAAAUCAGCAUCCCAGAGUGACUUAAGCAAGGACUUGGCCUCUCUGGCUAUCAAUGACUCCUCGUCCUCCUCGUCCAGCCCGUCUUCCUCCUCCAGCACCUCAAGGAGCUAUCGGAGUCGAAACAAUGACGUGGCUACCUCCUAUGGCGUUAACUCCUCGAAUCUGUCACGGAGCUCUACUCAGGAGUCCCCCUCAUGGAGCUCCACCAAGGAGCCCUUCAGCAGAAGCAGCACUUCAUACAGUUCUUCAAUGAGUGCUGUGUCCCCCUCCAGGCAAACCACGAACUCAAAGAGUGCACAGGGGCUGGUGGGACUAAAAAACCUAGGAAACACUUGUUUCAUGAACAGCAUCCUGCAAUGUCUCAGCAACACACACAGCCUGCGAGACUAUUGCCUGCACAACUUACACCGAAAAGACCUUAACAACAACAGCCGCACCAACACAGCCCUCAUGGAAGAAUUUGCCAAGCUGAUACAAACCAUGUGGUCAUCAACCAGCAGUGAAGCAGUCAGUCCCUCUGAAUUCAAAACUCAGAUCCAGAGAUACGCUCCCAGAUUUGUCGGAUACAACCAACAGGACGCUCAAGAGUUCCUGCGCUUUCUCCUGGACGGCCUGCACAAUGAGGUCAACAGAGUCACCGUCAGGCCACGAGGCACUGCCGAAGACUUUGAUCACCUACUGGAUGAGGAGAAAGGUAGGAAGAUGUGGAGUAAAUACCUGGAGAGGGAAGACAGUAAAAUUGUUGACUUGUUUGUUGGACAGCUCAAAAGCUCACUGACCUGCAGCCAUUGUGGUUUCUGCUCGACUGUCUUUGACCCUUUCUGGGAUCUGUCUUUGCCUAUUGCCAAGAAGGGCUAUGGUGAGGUGAGCCUUAUGGACUGCAUCCGGCUCUUCACCAAAGAAGAUGUCCUUGACGGAGAUGAGAAGCCAACAUGCUACAAGUGCAAAGCAAGGAGAAGAUGCACCAAGAAGUUCACAAUACAGAAGCUCCCCAAGAUCUUAGUUCUGCAUCUCAAACGCUUUUCAGAAGCAAGAAGAACCAGCAAAUUGUCCACCUUUGUUAAUUUCCCCCUGAAGGAUCUUGACUUGCAAGAGUUUGCCUCUGAAACCAGCAUCCAUGCGGUUUACAACCUGUAUGCAGUGUCCAACCACUCAGGCACCACUAUGGGGGGUCAUUACACGGCCUACUGUCGCAACCCCACAUCUGGAGAGUGGUACACCUUUAAUGACUCCAGAGUAACGCCAAUGUCCUCCAGCCAAGUACGCAGCAGCGACGGCUACGUCUUGUUUUACGAGCUGGCCUCUUCCUCCCGCAUGUGAUGCCUGGGGAGAACAACAGAGGCCGCAGCAGCACCACCAUGAUGUAUGGUGGAUUGGAAAAUGAAUGAUUACAACACUUAGCACUAAGACUCCUCCAGCAGGAUGGAGGCUGCUUCUGUAAACGGAGAGACGUGAGAGAAGGGGCACACAAGAACUUUGACCACCAGCCCUGCUAUCUCCCGUGUUGUGUCUUGUCUCUCAUCCAGGGUAGAGGUGUGUGCGCGCUCUUGUGUGUGGCUGCGCGCGCGCGAGUGUGUGUGUGUGUGUGUGUGUGUGCAUGUGUGUGCGUGUGUGUGAGAGUUAGCUGGGCACAGGGCAAUAAUCCCAUUCAUCUGAGGAACCCAUGAGUCCACCUCCAUCUUCUAAGUCUAUGCACCACAAGCCCAACACCUGACUGCGCCUUCACUUUUUUGUGUGUCAUUUCUGCUUCCACUGUUUUUUUGAUGUUGUCAUUUGGGCUUGGUAAUGAUCCCGUUAGCACAGCUCAACUGUGAGCAUGUGUGACUUUAAUGGGACUUGCUCGUGGUUACAAGACUUCCUGGCUUCCACCGCACUAAAAAAACACUCCUCUGUGUCCGGCUGGAGUACUUCCAUCACUUCCUGAGGGCGCAAAUUUCGACCCAAAUCGGUUACUGUCUGAUAUGACGAUUGCAAUAUUUACCCGCCUCUUUUUCUCUCUUUUUGACGGUGAAUAGCAACCACUCCCUGCGGUACGUAGCGAAGAUGUCCACUAUUGAGGUUGUUAAGUGUCCAUCGCUACACACUGACCAUCCAAGUGUUGACAGUGCACUGCAGUGUGGCACAUUUCGCCGUGUGAACGUACUUACACACUCAAAAUGUUAAGUAUGGGAGUGCACAAAUUGAGAUGCAUACCACAUCUUAAUUUUUUUUCUACAAAUAUGGCGCUACGGCACUAUUGUACAUCCAAUCGAGCUACUUGCCCUGCACAUGUGGCUGCUACUGAUGUUUGCAAAGUGCUGUGAAUGACAGACAGUAAAACUCAUUCAAUAUGGAUUCAUUCAUCUUGAUUAAAGUUAAGUCCUCAUCGGUCAUUGUGAGGUUUUCCUCUUGUUUCAUGCCAUUGAACAACAAGGAAAGAAUGUUUUAGAGAAGACAAAAAAAACAUCUGUUUAUUUUUAUAUCCUGAUGCAAUAUAGAGAAUGUACUAUUCAAUGGUGCUGAAGCUGACCCAUAACUGUUUUUUGUUUGACUUAUGUAAGUUUCAAGAAAGAAAAGGAAUAUUUAUGCUUAAGGGUUAUUGUAACAAGUCACUUUUAACAGAGGCAGUUAACAUGAUUCAAUGUCGAUGGACACAUGUUAAUAAAAGACCACAAAA